CCGCCCCCCCCCGCCGCCGCCUCUCCCUCCUCCCUCUCCCCACCGGCCGCGCUCGCCUGCCCCAAGCCCGCCGCUGCCCCUCUCUCCCUCCGCCCCUUCUCCUCCUCCUCCUCCUCCUCCUACCCCUCCUUGGCUCUUCACACCCUCCAUUCCCGCAGCCCAUGCCUUCCCAUCGUCUCCCGGAAACCCACCCGCACCGAGGCCGCCAUCGCCGCCGUCGCCGCAACCGCCACCGAAACCGACGUGGUGGAGGAUGAUGAGGCCACCUCGGAGGCCGCCGCCGAGGCCCCGUCCCCACCAUCGAAGCCCAAGACCGGCAAGGCCGCCUUGCUCCUCAAGAGGGAUAGAACGAGGUCGAAGAGAUUCUUGGAGAUCCAGAAGCUGAGGGAGAACAAGAAGGAGUAUGAUGUGCCGGCGGCCGUGGCGCUUCUCAAGCAGAUGGCUAACAGUAGGUUUGUCGAGUCCGCGGAGGCCCAUUUCCGGCUUAACAUUGACCCCAAAUACAAUGACCAACAGCUGAGGGCCACGGUGAAUUUGCCCAAGGGGACAGGGCAGACUGUUAAAGUGGCCGUACUAACACAAGGUGAAAAGAUCGAUGAGGCACAAAAUGUGGGAGCUGAUAUAGUUGGUGGAGAAGAUCUAAUACAACAAAUAAAGGGAGGAUUCAUGGAGUUUGAUAAGCUAAUUGCUUCUCCAGAUAUGAUGCCUAAGGUUGCCAGUUUGGGGAAGAUUUUAGGACCACGAGGACUUAUGCCAAAUCCUAAAGCGGGCACAGUCACUACAGAUAUACCUCAGGCCAUUAAAGAGUUCAAGAAGGGCAAAGUUGAAUAUCGAGCAGAUAAGACUGGGAUUGUUCACCUGCCUUUUGGAAAGGCCAACUUUCCUGAUGAAGAUCUUAUCAUAAAUUUGAUUGCUGCAGUUAGAUCCGUAGAAGCAAACAAACCUUCUGGUGCAAAAGGAGUAUACUGGAAGAGUGCGCAUAUUUGCUCUUCAAUGGGGCCUUCCAUUCGGUUAAAUAUUAGAGAGAUGCUUGACUACAAGCCUCCUGUAGCAGUCUAAAUGCUCUAGAAACAUCUGUAAAGUUAUUCUUCUCUGGAGGAGCUUACCAUCAUGGUUACAACAUUGUCAUUGCUCACGCAUGAAAUGGGCAAACGCAAAAUGAGAGGUGACAGUAGUUUGGUCCAGGUUUUUGGUGUUAUGGACCACCGAUGUCAUGAGAGCUGAUUGUUAACCUUGGGAUGAAGUGGUCUUGUCAGUUGUAUGUAUUGUCCUUUCAGUAAAUGUAUUUAUUUCGUGUUCCAAGCCGACAGCAGGGAAUACUUUGGUUGAAUUUUUUUGUGACUGGUUGGAGCUAUCUAUAGCCUCCUUGCAUGGUCCUGAGAUAAGCUGUUGUCCUGCAUUCUGGCAACUUCCUUGUAAUUUUCAGGUUUUUCAAUUCUUUUUAAUAUCAA